CCGCUAGGCACCGUGUUGUCAGCGAUGUAAACAAAUUGUUAUUCAAUUCUUGCGUUCGGUGUAUGUACACAAACGAAAUUUAAGAAAAUGUGUUAAUUUUAAAUUCUUACGUUGACGAAGCUUUGAGCAAGUAAUGUCUGCGAAUAAAACGUGUGUUCUGCUAAAUUUUAAACGUUCAGCACCUUUAAACAUAUGACGAUCAGAUAGUUCCAUAGUGAAAAACAUCAAAAAAAAAAUUCCAAUCACUGCACCCAAGCACGGUUUAAUAACAUCAUGAAACGAGUAGCUGAGCUAGAAUGCAAAAGUGUGACCAUUGGCAAGUCGCGUGAAAAGUUGUUACGUUCGCGCAACAAACGGAAAUGCAAACGAAAGAAGAAUUCCCGAACGAUAAAGCGCUUGUGUACAUUGAAAGAACAAGGAAAUCAUUAUAGUUCAGAACGAAAUGAAAGGGACAACGUUCAUCAAACGCAACCGUACAUGGGAAUUCACCCGACAGGUACUGAACCGUCCACGGAGAUACGUUUGAAGCAUGCUCAAAACGUAUGGAUUAGAACUUAUCAACGAAUUGUAAAAUGGCACGGUAAACAUCAAACGAACUAUUGGAAGCAUUGUGCCCAACAGUUGAAGGCAGAAAAUGAUCGCCUAAAGCGUGUAAUGUUUGCGACACGACCCUUAACUACUAGUAACGAUGUUGAGGAGAGUGAAUCGGAAGACGAUCUUCACUACAGAGACGAUCCGUUCGGUGAUACAGACGACGAAAGUUCGGAGGAAUUAGAUGCAAUCGAAGGAUCUCGUGAACAACUUCAACGUGCGCAAAAACGACGAACCUCUCGGCGGGACGAACGGGAAGAACGGGACGAGCUUGACGAGGAGUUUCUCGCGUUCAUGGAAGUAUCUGCCCGCCACCGACUCGAACAUCGACGACUGAAAAAUGAAAGUGUUCAUUAAUUAGAUUUAUGAAUAAAUUAAUGCCGAUUAAAGCACCA